CGCGCUUAUGCGCCCAAUUGUGCGCCAAAACAAGGAAGAUGUCGGAACCGACAAAGGGUGAGAUAUCUCAAGUAUUCAAGCGACUACGAGGGAUUGGCCCCAACAAAGCAUGUUUCGACUGCGGGGCCAGCAAUCCGACGUGGGCGUCAGUAACACAUGGAGUGUUCAUCUGUAUCGACUGCUCCGCCGCUCACCGCUCCCUGGGCGUCCAUCUAAGCUUCGUCAGAUCCACUCAACUUGACUCGUGGACUUGGCUGCAGCUGCGUGCCAUGCAAGUCGGUGGCAAUGCAGCAGCAACGGCCUAUUUCAGACAGCAUGGCUGCACGGCAAAGGAGGCCACAUCAGAAGUACAACAGUCGAGCAGCACAGCUGUACAGAGAGAAACUGGGCGGGUUGGCCUCGAGCACACAGAAGAAAUACGGCACUGAGCUACAUCUCCACGCGCCUGCCGAAGAGACGAUGUCCAAAGAAGACGAUUUCUUCGAAACUUCAUUGACAGAAACACCUUUUGAAGAUCUAUUCAUGGAUAUGUCCACCAUGUCAGUCUCCACCACUAAGACGAUGACAUCAUCUGAUGUCAGCGAUGAUGUCACUGAUGACAGUCGCCAGCCGACUGUUCAAGGGCUUCGAUCUCCAUCGUCCACUGUUCCACCUGCCUCUCUCAAACCUGAGCCAAAGAAUUCACUAAUAACUAAAAGGAAAGCUCCGGCCAAGAAAUCAGGGCUUGGUGGAGCUAGGAAGGGUCUGGGAGCUCAGAAAAUUCAGAAGAGUUUUUCCGAGAUUGAGCAAGAGGCAGAGCAUCUACGCCGAGACCAGAGAGCUGCUGAGGUGCUGGCGUCCCCAAUUGGUGGGGAGGGACCUGGAGAGAUGGGAUUUAGGGAGACAAAGAUGGCGGACCCCAACAAGGCCCGACAGGCUGAGAGACUGGGGAUGGGAGUGGGGAGAGUUGGGUCACAGAGCCACUCUGCAGCAGCUAGUAUGGCCACCAUUAGCCAGGUUGGACCAGUGCAGACUACGCAGAGUCGAGUGGAUGACCUCACAGCCCCUAGAUCUUCUCACAAAUACAGCAGUUAUGGAGCAGGGAAUGAGGAUUUCUUUGACAGUUUCUACCCUCCCAGCUACACUGACUACUCCAGUAGUAGCGGCUCGUCGCGAGGCGUGACAAGUGGCGGCAGUUCGAGGAGCUUUGGGAAGCACAGUGCCUUUGCAGACUCAGCCGGCAGCGAGCCAAAACCUUCGUCCAAAGUGUCCAGUUUCGGCAGUUUUCAGAGCGGAGGGAGUGACAGUAGCAGAGCCUCGCGCUCUAGCAAUAGACCGUCUCGUGGAGGACGCUAUUCCGAGGAGGCUCAGCAGAGAUUCUCGUCUGCCAAAUCCAUCUCUUCAGACCAGUACUUCGGGAGAUCUUCUGCAGAUGACUCGGAGGGUGGUGCUAAGUUGUCUCAGUUCACUGGAUCCUCAGCCAUCUCUAGUGACGACUACUUUGGACGCAAUCCCAAAAAAGACAAGGAUGCUGAAGGUCCGGACUUCUCCCAACUAAAGGAUGGCAUGGCAAACCUGGGUUCUAAGCUGUCUUCGGUGGCGAACAACAUGUUUGAAACUAUUCAGGAUCGAUAUAGGAAGUGACGCCACAUUUUUGACCUUUGAUCUACUGCACCUUUUUCCUGCUGUGACUGUUGCACUGAGCUCAAAAAUCAAAUGACUGUACUUUUUUUAAUGUAUUUGUGCAGGCACUGUAUUAUGUAACGGAGAAGGAUUUUUCGCGCAUGCGUAGGGGGGUGCUCCUCUGCGUGCUCUAAUUAUGCGACAGUUGUUUAGAGCUAUGCGUAAUUUUAAAAUGUCCACGUGGUAGUGUUGUGGAGUAUUUUGCAUCAUGUCGGCCGUAUCUCUUCUACUGAAGCGUCCAGGAUCAAGUGUUCCGUCGUCCGUACUGUAUUCUCUCAAGCUGAGAAGCCAAGGGCCAUCAGCAACCCGUAUUAGUCUCAGAAACUGUCUCAGACUUGACCCUUCUAAACGGGGUGAUAUCCCAAGUCUCUCGCGGGUUGGGCUGACCAAUAGUCCGAGGUCUGUUCGGAGACAUUUCAGCACCAGCACUGGACUCUAUAAUAACACUGGCUCAGCUGAGGAUGUUCAUACACCGGAUAGUUCAACCUUGCAAGCCCCGUCCGUUACAACUGAACCCCUUUUGUCCAGUAAUAGCGUCGAUCUGUCGUCGUUCGAAUCUCCGCUCCGGCAAAGUGGGCGUCGGAUGCGGCGGUAGACGUUCUCACAGAACUACCUCCACAGGGUGACUUGGCUUCUCUCGGCCUCUGUGCGAACACCCCAGUCGGAUUGCUUCAGUACAUGAUAGAAUCCAUUCACAUCCAAGCCAGUCUUCCGUGGUGGGGAGCUAUAGUGGCCAGUACAUUCCUCCUCCGUAUUGUCAUAUUCCCAGUUGUGAUGAAAAUCCAGAAAAACGGGGUCCUCAUGAACAACAUCAACCCGGAGAUACACAAGCUGAUGAAGAGACAGCGAGAGUACAAACAGAUGGGUAACAAGGCUCUAGCAGAUCAGUACAGCCACAAGAUAUGGAGUGUCUACCAGAAACACAACUGUAACCCACUCAAGAUGGCCGUAAUGCCGCUCAUUCAACUCCCACUGUUUCUCAGCUUUUUCAUUGCCAUUCGGCGGAUGGCUGCUGUACCAGUGGAGAGCAUGAAAACCGGCGGUGUUUUCUGGUUCACUGAUCUAACUGUGCCCGAUCCAUACUAUGUACUACCAGUGCUGGCCUGUGGGUCUUUUGUAGCUAGUAUUGAGUUGGGUGGGGAGACAGGAGUGGGGAAUCCCCAGACCGCACGACUGAAGAACGUGUUUCGACUGAUGCCGAUCAUCCUCAUACCAAUCACCGCAUCAUUCCCAACUGUAAGAACUGCCCCUAGCAAUGGGCUCUUCAUGUAUUGGCUACCAGCUUCAUUCAUCUCAAUAAGCCAGAUACUGUUACUGAAAAUGAAGAAGGUCCGUUUGUUUUUCGGUAUACCUCAAAUGAUCCAGCACCCACCUGAAGCCCAGGAACAGAGCAAAGGAUUCAUGGGUUACUUCAAGGAAAGCUACAACUCCAGUAUGGCCAUUGCUGAAGCCAAGCAGAGAAAUACAGACUCCAUGAAGAGAUACAAGCAGCUGAAGAAGAACCCUAGACCCAAACUCUAUGACAAACCUCCGCACUUGAUCAAACAGAGCGAAUAAUUGUGUGUGGU